AUGAGGUUGUCCAAAAGGAAUGUCCUGAUCAACGUGCUGCUGGCCCUUUUCGUCUUCAUCAGCUUUUACCUGUACGGGGUUUUCGACGCUGUCACCGAUGAAAAACGUACAGAACUGCUGAGACAUCAGUCUGAAUUGCGGAAGCUGAAAUCGCAAGUUCACAGCUUGGAGAAGAAGCUGCGCGGUAAUGCAGAGGCUAUGCGUACAAUACGAGAAGAGCUGGCCAAUUCUGAGCAACAGCGGAAAAACCAGGAGAUUCAGAAAGACAAUGCGAUCGCCCUUGCAAUCGAAAAUGCAGAUAAUGUAUUAGAAGGCAAGUUGAAUGCCGAAAUGCAAGACGAAGAUUCAAGGGACGCUGGCGAGGGUGCUGCCCAACUUCCUAUCCCUCGAAACAAGGUCGCUAUUGUCCAUGAAGCGCUGACCGGCCUGUCUAGAAGAGAACAGUGCUCGGCCAUGCUGAAUUACAGCAGCGCAAAGACCGAUGUGCAAAUGCUGGAUAUGUACAAGAUCAUCCCAUUCGAUAAUAUUGAUGGUGGAGUGUGGAAACAAGGAUGGGAGCUGAAAUACGAUGCUAACGAGGUGAAAAAGGAAAAACCAUUGGAAGUUUUUGUCAUUCCGCAUUCUCACUGCGAUCCUGGUUGGAUAAUGACGUUUGAGGACUACUAUCAGCAGCGCACCAAAAAUAUCCUGAAUGGAAUGGUCAAGCAUUUGAGCGAAAAGCCGGGCAUGAAGUUUAUAUAUGCCGAGAUGAGCUUCUUCGAGAUGUGGUGGGCGGAACAAAGUGAAGGGACUCGACAGAAAGUUAGAGAGCACCUUAAAUCUGGGCAAUUGGAAAUUGUGACCGGUGGAUGGGUUAUGACGGAUGAGGCGAAUGCGCACUAUCACUCAAUAAUUACCGAACUGUUUGAAGGACACGAAUUUCUGCAGAACAAUAUUGGAAAAGAGUUCUUGCCAAAGAGUCAUUGGUCCAUCGAUCCUUUCGGCUUGUCUCCAUCGCUGCCGCUUCUACUUUCCGAGGCGAAUAUUACUGAUGCCGUCUUGCAAAGGGUCCAUUAUUCGGUCAAGAAAAAGCUUUCUGAAACGAAGCAGCUCGAGUUUAUGUGGCGCCAACUUUGGGGCGGAUCCGAUGCGCGACAUGAUGUCCGAUCUCAUCUCUUCCCAUUCUACUCCUACGACGUUCCUCAUACUUGUGGACCCGAGCCAAAAGUCUGCUGUCAAUUUGACUUCAAGCGGUUGCCCGGAGGUGGUGUCACCUGCGACUGGGGCGUACCACCACAAUCUAUUAACAGCAAGAAUGUCGAGCAACGAGCGUUCAUGAUCUACGAUCAAUACCGGAAGAAAAGCCAACUCUUCAAGACCAAUGUGCUGUUGAUCCCGUUAGGCGAUGACUUCAGAUACCAGGAUGAUUUCGAAUGGAAUAACCAGCAUGACAAUUACAAACAGCUGUUUGACUAUAUGAACGCAAAAACAGAGUGGAAUGUGAAGGCACGCUUUGGUACUCUAGCUGAUUACUUCGAUGCACUCGACGCCAGUUUGAAGGAAGAUCAGCAGCAAUUGCCAGUGUUAUCCGGCGAUUUCUUCACAUAUGCCGAUCGCGACGAUCAUUAUUGGAGUGGCUACUUCACGUCAAGACCAUUUUACAAGCACAUGGAUCGCAUCCUCCAACACUACCUGAGAACCGCCGAGAUUGCGUAUUCCCUCGCCCAGAUCGAUGGUGGGAAUUUGGACGAUGAAGUAUUGCCAAAGCUGGUCGAGGUUCGUCGAGCCCUCUCGCUUUUCCAACAUCAUGACGGCGUGACUGGCACGGCUAAAGACGCGGUAGUCAACGAUUAUGGAGAAAAGAUGCUCUCGGCUCUGAAAAGAGCAGAAGAAGUGACGACAACCUCUAUUGCAUCCUUGUUGGACAAAUCGACUCAGAUUUCGAUGUCGUUUGACGAAUUUCGGGCCAAGCAAGACUCCCUGCCAGAAGCACGUAUUUUUGAGGCUGAUAGCUCGCUGCUACUCUUCAACACCCUGGCACACUCAAGAGCUGAAGUCGCGUGCAUCCAAGUGGCUUCUCCAAACAUUCGGAUCAAGCGCUCCGACGGCACAACACCCGAGCAACAGCUUGCACCAGUCCUAGUACACCGAGACGGCCGGAUUCAAGCCCAAAUGGGACGUUUUGAGUUGUGUUUCUGGGCCGAGAUUGGAGCCCUUGCGUCUGAAGUGUUUACACUUUAUUCGAAGGACGAACAGUCUGCCGCUGAAUUGGUGCUCGUGAAGGGCAGCGCUAAACCGGCGAGCCUUGACCAUUUCUUCAAGUUCGAGCAAAGCAGUGGAAGCGUCGAGCUAGCGAACACGCUAGUUACGGCAGUGUUCAGUGGCGUCACCGGCUUUUUGAAGGAGAUUCGCCUUGCAUCAGGCGAAAAGAUGGAUGUGAAUGCGCACUUUGUAAAGUACGGUGCCCGCCCGCAUGGAUCGCUUAGAAAUGGAGGCGGUGACAACCUAUCUGGGGCAUAUGUCUUCUUACCGGAUGGGCAGGCGAGGCCGUUGGAGGUCACACAACCCUCGUUCGUUGUUACUGAAGGACCGCUGAUGAAGCGUAUUUUGGCGACCGGUCCGAACGAUGGUAAAUUGAACCAGCUUUAUUCGCUGGAAAAGGAAUCCUAUUCGAUCGGCAUUCGCAACACCAUCGAUCUGAGCAAUCGUCCUGAUAAUAUCGAGGUGGCGCUCCGUUUUGAAACGAACAUCGCCAACGGCGAAGACCUUUUCACGGACUUGAACGACCUGCAGGACAAAUUGAGGUUAUGCUGGAUCGCCGAACGCAACAAGAUGAUAACCGAGGGCUCUUCCAGCCCC